GGCCAAACUAGGCGAAACGCGAAAAAUACAAAUAUUUUAUUAUUAUAAUUAUAUCAUUACUACGAUCAAAUCAUAUUCCGUCCAUUUCCAUUUCAAUCCCUUUCGUCUUCAAUCGAAAGAACCCUAACAUCUUCCCCCAAUUUCUUCCCACGAUCGAUUCAACCGACAAUACAUCAAAAUGGGGGACGUGUCGGACAAAUUGGCGUAUUUCCAAGCAAUAACAGGCCUUGAUGACCCCGAUUUGUGCACCGAAAUCCUCUCCGCCCAUGGCUGGGACCUCGAGGAAGCCAUUUCCUCCAUCACUUCUAACCAUAACCCUAAUUCCGCUUCCAAUUCACAUCCAGUCAGCGAUCAGACGCCGCUUCUUCAGCCGGAGGAUGAGCCCGGCCUCGUCGCUCCGCCGGCUCCCACUGCCAGUCCGCCAGGUCAGCCUGGGUUGGUCUGGAAGGUUGUGACGCUCCCUUUCUCGAUCAUUUCUGGAAGUUUAGGGUUAGUGUCUGGGGCAAUUGGUCUUGGGAUGUGGGCCGCUGGCGGACUGUUGUCGUAUUCUCUCGGUGUAGUCGGGCUCAACUCUUCGGGUCGGGCCGGCGGGGAAUCCGCUUCUACUUCUUCUUCGGUUUCUGCCGCGGUGUCUGAGGCGAUGGAAUUCGUGGCUAGUUUCGAGCGUAGUUUUGGGAACUCAGCGCGCCCGAAUUUCGUCUCUGAGGGUUUUAUGGAUGCGUUGCAGAGGUCACGGCGGGAGUUUAAGCUUUUGUUCGUCUACUUGCACUCGCCGGAUCAUCCAGACACGCCAGUAUUUUGUACCAGGACGCUUAGCAAUGAGGCUUUGGCCGCAUUUGUGAAUGAGAAUUUCGUGGCUUGGGGUGGGAGCAUUAGGGCUAGUGAAGGGUUCAAGAUGAGUAACAGUCUGAAGGCUUCGAGAUUUCCUUUUUGUGCUGUUGUUAUGGCUGCCACUAAUCAGAGGAUUGCUUUGCUUCAACAGAUUGAGGGACCCAAGUCUCCUGAGGAAAUGAUGAAUAUAUUGCAAAAAGUUCUGGAGGAAAGUGCUCCUGUUCUUGUUGCGGCCAGGCUUGAUGCGGAAGAAAGACGUAAUAACAUGCGUUUAAGGGAGGAGCAGGAUGCAGCAUACCGAGCAGCACUUGAAGCUGACCAAGCUAGGGAACGGCAAAGAAGAGAAGAGCAGGAACGACAGGAAAGGGAAGCUGCUGAGGCUGAGAGGAGAAGAAAAGAGGAAGAGGAGGCACGCAAUAGAGCCGCACGUGAAGCUGCUGAGAAAGAAGCUGCAUUGGUUAAAUUGCGGCAGGAGAAAGCUCUAUCUCUUGGUGCUGAACCUGAAAAGGGACCCGAUGUAACUCAAGUUUUGGUACGCUUUCCGUCUGGAGAACGCAAGGACAGGAGAUUUCAUUCCAGUGCAACUAUUCAAUCUCUCUACGACUAUGUAGAUUCAUUGGGCUGUUUAGAGAUGGACAGUUACUUUCUGGUCUCCAAUUUUCCGCGUACUGUAUAUGGACCAGAGAUGCACUCCAGAACCCUGAAGGAAGCGGGAUUACAUCCUCAAGCGAGUCUUUUUGUGGAGUCAAAAUGAUGAUGAUUACUUCAUUCACUUUCAGUGUUUCAGAAAGUAGGAACAAGUUUAUUUUACUCUGACUUGUUUCUUUCCGGACGUAGUUAAGAGCACGUAUCCAUUUAGAAAAGAAUGCGCAGAAUUUUACUCCUAUCUUCAAUGCACAUGAUUCAUUGUCCAAUCAUGCUUUCACCCUGAAAGCUCCCUGUGUAGUGUCUUGUUCACUGGAGUUCUGGGUGACCUAUGUAGAGUUAAAUUUUGCAGAUAUUAAAGUGAUAAAACAUAUAACAUGACUUAUUAGAAUAGCAAGUGUUAUUGAAAAGCUUCAUUUAGCUGGGUGUGUCACAUGUGAAUAUCUGUAUUUUUCAAAUGUUUAGAUUGAAGAUAACUAGAUAUGCUUGAUAUACCAUCUUUGACCUUCGGGAAAGUCUGGUAAUCUCAUACCUUUCGAGGUUUCAAUUAUUCCAUUGCAUAUUCUACUAUUUGCGGAAAGGAAACAUAACUGAAUUCUCUAUGAAAGAGAGGGGUUUGAGGCAGUAAAGAGGCUUAUUAUUCAAGCAAGUCGCUAACAAAGAAUGACCGCGGGCGCCCUCCUGACAGUUUUUCUUAUUUUCUCUAACAACAGUCUCUGGGAUGGCUUCAUAUCUGAGGGACAGAGUGAAUCCACACCCUCUAUUUCCACUUUGACAGCAUCGUCUCUGACACCAAUAUCUGAGGCAUAUCGGUUAAGGAUGUAUAAUGCGGCUCCUACCGAAGUCACAAUAGGGUUUGUGUUCGACAUGAGCAAACCUCUUUUUGACAUGAUCCACGUGAGCAACCGAGAAAUAGUAGCUGCUGCAGAAGCACUGAUAAUACUAUCCACCUGUCCACUGCUUCCAGUGGCCUCCGUCUGAUUGAUAAGAAGGCCAGUUUUACAGUGCAGCGCAAAAUCCUCACAGUUAUUCUUAAGAACAUUGUAACUUCCAAAUCCAUUGGUAAAUAGAUAUGCCGCCCUGGAAACAACUACUUCGGGUGCAUCAGAGAUGGCUGUCGUGCAUGUGCCACCUCGUUUAGCAAUGAAGGUAAGUCCUCCCACUCCAUACUCAAAUCAAUGCAAUGAUCCCCCGGCAAGGAAGCAAUUUAGACAAGAGAGGACGACCUCACUCCUCGAUUCAUGAAGUCCACAGACAGGCUUGGUUUGACAGUCUGACAAGGUUUUUGAAAAUGAAGAAGAGUUGAAGGCACAUGGGGUACUUCUACCCGAGGAGGUAAAACUGCUGGAACUUGAGCUUUGUUGAGAAGUGAAAUAGAUAACUGAGUUUCCACAAAUAUAAAUGCCUGAAAAUUGGGAAAUGGCAGGUAAGGGAGCAUAAUUCGGCAAAAUAAAUUGAUUCCAUAAAUACAAACGAUCUAGUGAUGCUAAAGGCACCAGGAUACCCAAACAUUGCAACAUCUAGGAUAUAUAAAAGUUCUUCAAUUUUUGAGGUGAGCUCUUACGCAUAUAAUCAAAAGUUUACGACAAACUGGUAAACUUGAAAAUAAAUAAAUAAAUAAAUAAAAUGCAGAGGUCUUCAAUCAAACAAACAGGUACAUUCAUCUUUGGUAAAGCCUUUUAUCGUUACAUGAGUCAAUACUUCAAUAUUUGAAAUGCAUUCGAUAAAAUCAUAGAGAGUUGAAAAUAGGUUCUGGCAAUUCUCAAAAUGAAGCGACAUAUUGGUUGCAAAUCUUACAAAUAACUGCCUACAAAGCAGAUGAAACUGAAAAUAAAGAAGUGCACUCAGAAUACUAGGGAUGCAACUUUUCGUGCGCAUGAACCAAAUCUGAACUAACAAACCAUGAUGUGAGUAAGUGAACGCAGUUCUCCAAGUGUAGAUAUGAUCUCCUGCUUGAAUCUCGUCCCUUCCAACUCUGUGUGAGAAAAACCCAGUUCCUUUGUUGCUCUAUUAUUUCAGAAGCCAACCAAGUAGCUCAGAGGGAUAAUUUAGAGAGGAAGUAAAAACAGUGGGAGGUUUACAUUUUAUACAAGUAAACUACUAGUCUCGGGAACAAGGAAAGCCACAAGGGAAUGUACAGAGUUACAUUGAGGAGCUAAAAGGUUGCUCUUAACUGUAAAACUGCAAAACACAGUUUAGCCAAAGAAGCUGGGAAGUUACUCCUCCGUUCCAAAAUAAGUGUCAUUCUAGAGUUUGCACAUAGUUUAAAAAAACAUUAAAUAGGGUAACUAAAUUACUAGAAUAUCCUCAACCAACCCCAUUAAAAUAAAUAUUACCAAUAAUAUUGUUUAUUUUGAGGGUAUGUUUGGAAAUUUUUGACAAAAAAACGCAUUGGAAUCCGAAAACGACACUUAUUUU